AUGGAUACAGUGACUACAAAAAUAAUAUCAAAAGACAUUCUGGAUCCAUUCGAAGUAAUCACUGAGGAAGCUUUAUAUGAUCUUAUUCUUCAACAUUUAAGUGGUAAAGAAAUUAUAGAGUUAUCAACGAGUAAUGAUGUUUUGGAUGUAACAUUCGAUAAACUGGAUGACCUUAAGAUUAUGGGCUUAAACAAAUUUAUUGUUAAUUGUUUUACAACAGCUCCGGUGCUUAAAAGUUUAUCAAUUAUGUUCACAAUGAUGUCACAUGAUGAACUUAUUAAAUUUAUUGAUAUCUCUGAAAAAUUAAAGUUGAGCCUCAAAUCUCUCAUCGUGCAGAAAGCCUCCGAAGGCAGAACAAUAAUUGAUGAGAAUUUCGAGAUAUUCUUGAAAACUCAAAUGAGGACCUUAGAGGAUAUUGAAUUUCAUGAUGUCGCAGAUGCAGAAACUCUCAAUUUCAUCUUUAAAGAAUUAAGAAUGAAAAAGUUAACAGUAAACAGGAUUGAUGAACCAAACCAGCUUAAUCCAAGAAUGAAUGCUCAUAUCACCGAACUUGUCAUUAAAAGUGAUUCAAAAUGUUCAUCUCUGAUUUUGGCAUCACCCAACUUGCAUAAAUUACAUGUUCAAAGAAUGAAUAAAAGUUUAUUAGAAUUUUUAUGUCGAAACCCUAAUUUAAGAACAGUCACGUUCUGCCAGAAAGAAGAUGACAUUGAAACAAUUGAAGAACUUUAUCGAAGUUUGUCUAAUGAUUCAGCAAAUAUCUAUAAUGAAGCUAUUCAAUUUAUUCAAACUUGAAAUUAUGAUUUAUGUGUUUUCUUUUAAUUCCCUUACUAGAAAACUUGUUACAGCACGCACAUUAAUAAAUGUUUCAUCAAAAUUAAUAAAUUUCUUAGGUUUUUUUAAAAAUCUGGUUGUAAGAUUGUCAUUGAAAUUUUGAUUUAAUUAUUUGGUUAAAGAUUUUCACUAUAAGAAUUAGA